CUACGAUAUAAACAGUAUGCAUUUAAUAUGUGUUAGACUCAUCUUUAUUUUUGGAUUUUUCGCGAGUUACUCAAUUUCCCAAGAGUUCAACGAUGAAGGAUGUUCGGUGGCCUUUUAUCCGAAGACCGGCUGUAUCGGAGAAGAAAGGCACAUUUAUCUUCAAUUCCUGAACUGUUCCUCCUCGUCGGCAACAGUUAGUAGAGCCUACUUCAACUGGUUCCGCUUGACUACACGUAAAGGAGAAAUGAUUCGGGACGACACCGAUUCCUCAUACCCAGUGAUGUGGAAGGAAUUAAUUAUACCAAAAUAUUACAGACGGAAAGGGUACGUAACCGCCUACUACAGAAGGUCAUUACGGGACUAUAAAAACAAUGCAAUUCAGAUGGUAAUACCGGGAUGUGAUAACCCUUGACAAAGCAAUUUAUAAUACAAUUUUGGACUCAUUUCUUGCAUCUUGCUCAAUCUGUUUAUUUUUCCUCACGAUUUUCAGUUACAUACCUAACGGACCUCUUUUAUGUUUAUGUUACUUGUCAAUACAAUAUUUUUUCGAAAAUAUCAAUGUUUACGG